UUUUAGGCUGCCAAAUUGAGCCGACGGAAUCGAUCGAUGUUUUGUUUGAAUUGUUUGUUUGAUUAAAUUACAUUUGAAUAAACUGCCGAUUCAAGAGAAUAUAAAAUCUAACCAACAAGAAAAUGAAUCGCUGCAAUCCAAAUCUCGUGGAAUACGCUACUUACUUACAAUCUAUAAUAAGAUUGGAUGCGCUUGAAAAAAUGACCCAAGAUUUGGAUAAAGAAUUGGCCGAUUCCCAGAAAUUAAUGCGGGAUAUCAAGGCGAUUUUUGAGUCUGUACCUAAAGGAACAAACGCGACUGAAGAACCUGUUAAUAAUAGCUUAAGACAUGAAGAUAUAUCGAAAUUUUUAGAAGCCGAUGUUCCAAAGUUGCUGCUGCCGGAUAUGGUAGAAAGUACAUCAGAUAUUGAUAUAGACGACGUGAUAUCAAAGAUGAAAGGAUAUGCCGAAGAUCUAAAGAAGAACUUGAUCGUUACUGUACCGCAUGUCCGGGACAGCCAUGAGAAAAUGGAAGCUUUAGAUUUGGAGCAGUAUGCAAUGAGUUUGGAUCAGUUAAACAAACGACUAGCGAAUAUAAAGAUGAAUAAAGGUGAUAUUGCCUCCAGAAAUCCUGAAUUAGAGAACAAACUUGGGCAGUUGUGCCAAGAUGUGGAUAUGUUUACAAAGAUGGUCGAAGCGAAAACUGCACUGAGCGAAUGUAACAAGAACUGGACUAAGACAUCACAAGACAACAACGCACUCCAGUAUGACAGUAUUGUCAACAAGUUGCUUUCUGGCAUCAAUGAGGUCUCGUACCUUCUUCAGAACAGGAGCUAAACUUUCAGAUUGAGCUCCAAGGGGUCUUGUUCAGAGAUGUGUUAAGUGAUAGUCACAUCUUGUUUGGAAGGCACAUCCAGUGUGGCCUAAAGUUCAUUGCUAUUGGAACUCUGAAUUCAAUAGCUCGAGUUACACCUAUUAAGUGAUUGUAAUAUCUUGUUUGGAAGUCACGUCACAUCUAGUUUGGAAGAACUGAAUCUUUGUAAUGGCAACUUGCCUAUUUAAAUGUUUGUUUUUGAUUCAUUAUUGUUCUUUUAAACAAAUACUGGCAACCUUCAAAAUCGAGGUUGUAUUUAAGGUUAAGGUAUACAUAUAUUGGCGUACUUUGUAAUCCAGUUCCAGUGAUCCAGUUGAAAAUGAUUAAUGAAUAUGCCACCAUUUGAUAGGAUUGUGUAGGAAUUUACUAUUUUAUGUUACAUUUAUCCUGCUGUGGAAUCUGGCAAAUUUGAUGUGAAUCUGUGCUCAUAUUAUUUGCUUUGUAUAAAGAGAUACUAAUAGAUAAUAGGAAGAAAGAACAAAGGAACUAAGAUAAAAUGGAAAGUGUAAGGUGCAUUUGGUCAUGUAGGGAUUGUGGCAAGUGGGAAGACAUAGUCUCUGCCUACCCCUCUGGGAAAGAGGUGUAUGGGAAAAAUAUUGACAUGAUAAUUCUAGCUGAGGAACGGUUCCUAUUGGUCUAUGGAGUAAACUGAUCUCAAUGCAGUAUUGUCAAUGUUUUAUUUAUUGAUGUAACUUGUCCAACCUUGUUCAAGUCGCAACUUCAAAGUAUAUGUGUUCAAUUUUAUGUAUAUAGUCAAUGAAUCAGUUAAAAGCAUACUUGAACAAUAGUUUAUAAGUUUAAAAUAAUAAAAGUCUGGAACAAAAUGCAUGCUAUAAUCUCACAAAAUACAAUUUCAACAACAGAUUUUGAUGUACUUCAUUAGAUAUAAAUGUAUAAUACUAUAGUUCCGAUUAUGUCAGUUCUCAAUAAAGUAAUUCAUUAAAAGUU